AUGAGCAUUCUAAACACGGAUUCGGAGAACCGCGUGGUCCUAAACGUGGGUGGUAUCCGCCAUGAGACGUACAAGGCGACCCUGAAGAAGAUCCCCGCAACGAGGCUGUCAAAGUUGACCGAGGCUCUCGGUAACUACGACCCAAUCCUGAACGAAUACUUCUUCGACAGGCAUCCGGGAGUGUUCGCUCAGGUGCUUAACUAUUAUCGCACCGGGAAACUUCACUAUCCAACGGACGUAUGCGGGCCUCUGUUCGAGGAAGAACUCGACUUUUGGGGCCUCGACUCCAAUCAGGUGGAGCCAUGUUGCUGGAUGACCUACACUCAGCAUCGGGACACGCAGGAAACGCUGACAGUCCUCGACAGGUUGGACCUUGAUACCGAGAAGCCGACAGACGAGGAACUGGCGAGGAAGUUCGGUUUCGAAGAGGCGUAUUACGAUGGCACUCUAACGUGGUGGCAAAAGCUCAAGCCCCAGAUGUGGUCGCUGUUCGAUGAACCCUACUCGUCAUUAGCAGCUAAGGUGAUCAGCAUAGUCUCGGUCCUGUUCAUCUGCAUCUCGAUCUUGUCAUUCUGCCUGAAGACGCAUCCGGACAUGCGUGUGCCGGUGAUCGUGAACCGGUCGGUGAACAUGGGCAACGUAAGCUCCUGGGCGGUGGACAAAACGCACACGAACGCUCACGACUUCUUUUUCUACAUCGAGUGCGUGUGCAACGCCUGGUUUACACUCGAGUUCCUAAUACGGAUUACCGCGAGCCCGAAUCGCUGCGUGUUCAUCAAGAGCUCGGUAAAUUUGAUCGACAUGGUCGCCACAUUGAGCUUCUACCUCGAUCUGGCGUUACAACGUUUCGCCUCGCAUCUGGAGAACGCCGACAUCCUCGAGUUUCUCAGUAUCAUACGUAUCAUGAGACUGUUCAAACUGACACGUCACUCGUCCGGACUGAAGAUCCUUAUCCAGACAUUCCGCGCCUCCGCGAAGGAGCUAACCCUCCUCGUAUUCUUCCUGGUCCUUGGCAUUGUGAUCUUCGCCAGUUUGGUCUACUACGCCGAGCGCACACAGUACAACCCGAAGAACGAUUUCAAGAGCAUACCGUUGGGCCUAUGGUGGGCCCUGGUCACUAUGACCACAGUCGGUUACGGUGACAUGGUGCCGAAAACCUACGUCGGGAUGUUCGUCGGCGCGCUAUGCGCCCUUGCCGGUGUCCUCACGAUCGCCCUGCCGGUGCCCGUGAUCGUCAGCAACUUUGCGAUGUAUUACAGUCACACGCAGGCGCGAGCCAAACUACCGAAGAAGAGACGCCGCGUACUACCGGUCGAGCAGCCGAGAGUUCGAGCUCUUGGCGCACCGUUGGGAAUGACCGGGGUAUCAGGCACUACGGGGCCACCGGGAUGCACCCAGCAGCACAUGCAGUCGGGUGGACCGACAUCGGGGACCGGCGGUCUACCUCCUGGCCUCGGACAAACACCCGGAGUUGGCUGCACUGGCGGCCAGGGACCCCAGAACAGACGAAUGAACGCCAUCAAGACUAAUCAUCCCAAGGACGUUUCGUUCGCUACGAAAACAGAGGAGGACCGGAGGAACUCUAACCUGCGGACCAACGGGACCAAGACAGCCGGAGGUUUGGGUUAA